AACACCUCGAAGACGGAAUAUGCCUCUCUGUUGGACUCUGAUGAUCAUAAUGCUGUGUUAUUUCACUGUGGACCAAGAUCGCUCUCUAGGAAACUGUGGACAACUGAGUUGACAAUGCGCGAAACGGUUUCGGAAUAUUGGUCUCUGGCAUUUUCAGUCAGGACACCGCACAGCUACCGAUUUAAACUUCAACCAAGUUAAUCGUUUAUUCCCUGAUAUGACUCUGACAUGACUCACUGAUAUUUUACAUUCUAACAAAUAUCAGUGGGUCCCUUAAUUGUUCCAAGGUGCCAAUGCGGAUACGCGCUUCUGGUGACAGAUCUUGGUGGCUGUCUUUGGACUUUCCUCGAAGAACAUAAUAGACUUCAAAUAGUAAACAUUCAAAACAGGCACCAGGGCCGUAUAAGACAUCGAUGAGACCUCACUACUCGAUCAUCUUGUCUCGCAUCUUGGAUGAAAGCUUUUUUUUGGUCAUCGGUCCAUACGAGGGAGAGAACAGCGAUGCUCACUAACGUUACACAUUCUAACUGCUCCACGCAGCAUGCUACCGUUUACUACAACUUCCCUGUUCUUGUAUUUGGAAUACUGUUAAUAAUCGUCAUUAUUUGUGGAAAUACUCUUGUGUGCCUUAGUGUUUACACGGAAAAGGCUUUAAAAACUACAACAAACUACUUUAUUGUCAGUUUGGCUGUUGCAGACUUGAUGCUGGCUGUGCUGGUUUUGCCACUGUAUGUUUAUUCUGAGUUUCAGGGUGGGAGUUGGUCCUUGAACAUGAUUGUUUGUGAUGGGCUGAUGGCAAUGGAUGUAAUGCUGUGUACAGCUUCCAUAUUCAACUUGUGUGCCAUCAGUGUUGACAGGUUCAUUGCUGUUGCAGUUCCUCUGCAUUACAACCGCAAACAUGUUGACAACAGGCAGAUCAUUCUUCUCUCCGGCACCUGGUUACUGGCCUUUGCUGUGGCCUCCCCCAUUCUCUUUGGAAUAAACAACAUCCCUGACCGCGACACGUCGGAGUGCAAGCUGGAGGACGACAACUACGUGGUCUACUCGUCCGUCUGCUCCUUCUUCAUCCCCUGCCCCAUCAUGCUGCUGCUCUACUGCCGCAUGUUCUACGGCCUGCGCCAGUGGGAGGAAGCCCGCAAGGCCCGGCUGCUCAAGAGCAUCCAGGCCUGCCGGACCCUACAGACGCCCGCGGCCCUGGCGGCUGCCCCGCAGCCCUCCCUUUCGGCCGCACAGCUGCAGAAGCAGGAGCCUCAGUCUCAGCCUCAGCCACUGCAACCGCCACGGCUGCCCCGGGUCAUUGAGAAGGACCUGGCCCAGGCGAGGAUGGAGGACAACGACGAGUCCACCACCCCAGAGUUCCCGCUGCCCAUUAAGUACAGGGACAGUGUCAUUCAGACAGUGUCAUACCCGGACGUCACGUACAGCCCCUCGCCGCGCAGGAAGAAGAAGGGGGCCAAACUGAACGGGCGUGAGCGGAAAGCAAUGAAGGUGCUGCCGGUGAUUGUAGGUGCGUUCCUGUUCUGCUGGACGCCCUUCUUCGUCGUGCACACGACCAGGGCCACGUGUGAGUCCUGUGAUAUCUCCCCCUAUCUGAUGAGCACCGUCACCUGGCUGGGGUACGUCAACAGCGCUCUCAACCCCAUCAUCUACACAGUGUUCAACACAGAGUUCAGGAAGUUCUUCCGCAAGUUUGUGCUCACCUGUUGGUGAAUUGAAAAACGAACGGCGCAAAUGUGGCCGUAUCCUUGAAAUGAAGUAACGUGCAUGACGUGGUACUGUGGGCCAGAUCUUCAACUACUGUGUGAUGAUUAUUCUGUUCCUUUGUUUUUUGUACGGCACAUUGGAUUCUUGAAAUGAAGUGACUGCAUUAUGUGAUACUAGGGCCACUGUGGGCCAAGUGCUGAUGAUGUGAUAAUUAUUCAGUUCAUAUGUUUUUGUACAGGUCUAUCACCCAUUCUACCUUUGCUACUAUUUUUUUUAUGUCUGUGACAGCAGAAUGUAAGUUUGUUUGUUAAAGGUGCCUAUUGUUCUCUCUCGUCCACGUUUUAUGUGGAAAACUAUCCAUUAAAUGAUGUUUUCCCCUCGGAACAAGAAAAUGCACCAGAAAAGUGUUGCCAACACAAGGAUGCUGGACACCAUACAUAAGUAAGGAUUCAUAGUGAUUUAUUAGUUACGCUGUAAGAACAUGAUUUGAUUCUUCAGUCUAUCCACCUGCUGUUCCCAAACCUGAAAGAUUUUUAAAAUAUUUUAAGUAUUCACAGUACAGGUAAAACACCAUAGACUAUUGAUGUUGCUAUAAUAUUCAGUAUUCUGCUCAUAUGAAAAAACAUCAUAUAAUCUAUUAUGCAUUGCCAUCACCAGCCUGGUCUUUGUAAAGUCUGAAGUAUGCUUCAGUUUGUCACAUAAUUAACUGUAGGAGAAAGCAGCAAUUCAUAUCUCUCUCAGCCAGUUCUUGGACAAUGAAAACAGUAAACAAGCCUGUACUUGAUUAAGAUCCUCUGAGAAAUGCCAUGAAAACAAAAUCAAGUUAUGUUAUUUUUAAUCGUUGUUUCAUAAACUUUACAUUGCAAAACACAUCUUUAGGAAGACACAAAUAUGACCUGAAUUAUUUAUUUAUUCAGUGCCAUGGAAUGGUUUAAUAAAUUGGACCAUAAAUCCAACACUUGUUUUUUCCAUGUUAGAACAUUCCUUUCAUCAAUAUCAUACAAUACAUUCGGGGGGGGGGGCAAUGUCUCAAUGAACUGUGACUUAGACUAAUAACUGGAUGGUAUGAGAGACAGACACCUUGUUUGAGCAUUGAAGUUUGGGAUAAAAGGGGCAGAAGAAAUAGAAGAUUUUGAUUUGCAGAUAGCAAGACCGAUAUUCAACAAAACCUCUAAGAUGGGCUCUAAAGCAGUCUUUUAUCAAAGCUUGAAUUUGCAGGGUUGGAAUAAAAGAACCAUAGCGGGCCAACUGAAAGAAUAGCGUUCAUUUAAUACUCUGAGACAGAAAUGCUGAGUGUAAUUAUGCCCACUGGGUUAAUAUGUUGAAAGUGCACUUCUUAAUGACUGCUUGAGAGAGCCUGCCAAAAGUUUUUGCUCCUCAUUCCUUUUUUCAAUUGAAUAAUAGAUGAAAUAGAUGAAUUUCAAAAUGCAUGUGAAGGUGAAUCCAGUGGGGUCCAGUGCUUCUGCAUCCUACGCAAUGCCUCACCCAAAUGUGCUGUAGACUAGGGACUAGGUGCUGUCUCAGAGUCAGCCACAUAAGUCCAUGUAAUGUAAAGACUAGCAUGAGAUGAGAGGCAAAAGCUGUUUAAAAGUUCAUCUCUCAUUCUGCCUAGAUAAUUAAACUGAUGUAGCCUGGGUGAACCCAAAUGAACCAUUUGAAUUGGCUCUGCAGGUCCGUCUGAAGUCCUUCCCAUUCAUGCCAAUUUCCGAUUCACCAAAAACUCAGGAAUCACAACUGCUUAUCCAACAUGGGUUGAGCUUUGUAUGAUGACUGACAGAGGAGUACAGUUAGCGUGCUUCAACACAAUUAAUGGCUGUGCUGAAGGCAUCAGUGUUAAACAACAUGGAUGUGUGUUUUCAUGGAACUGAGA